AUGGAGGUGGAGACGAUGCUGGAGGACGACGUGUUCUUCGCCGAGCUCAGCAAGCGGAUAUCGCUGCUCAUCACCGACGACGACGAGGGCGGCGCGGACUUCGCCGCCGCCGCGCAGUUCAUCCCCGCCGCCGCCGCGCCCCUCCCGGGGUUCGCAUCAUCGCGCGGCGCCCAUGUGCCGUCGCAGCAGCAGGAUUGGGGCGCGUCGUCGUUGCUGGCGCCACCGGCCUACGCGUUGUACCAUAACGGCGCCAGCUACGGCGGGGCGGCGGCGGCGUGGCAGCAGCUGCAGCAGUGCGGCAGCAAGGGCACCGGCGUGUUCAUCCCGCGGUCCACGCCCGGGUCCGCGCACCCCAAGAAGAAGGGCAAGAACAGGGGCGCCGCCGCUGCCGCCAAGGCCGCCGGCCGCCGCACGGGCGGCGCAGGCAGCCGGGGCGCCAGCCAAGAAGCGCGUCUGAUUUCGACUUCUCGACCGUGA